AUGCGUUCGCUGGCCCUUCUUUUAUGCUUAAUUUCUGUAGUCAACGGUCUGGGGGAUAGAAGUUUUAUUUGUGAAGAUUAUGAUAUAGAAAACGAAUAUCCCUUUUUAGCGAGAAUAAUGUACGGUAAUGACCUGAUAUGUGGUGGGACCAUCAUUAGUAACCAGUAUAUACUUACAAGUGCGGAGUGCGUUUACAAAUCAAAUCGUACUAUAUUAUUUUACAGACGGGAACCAAACGAUUUGGUAGUUUUUGUUGGAGCCGAUUUUGAAUACGAAGAUGGUGGUGUUAGAUAUUUAGUAGGAGAAAUUCAGAGGCAUCGCGUACACAAAGCACGACGAAUAAGCGCCAUCGCUUUAUUACGCGUAGUCGAAGACAUUAAAUUCAGCAGUGCAAUUCAACCGAUUAAACUUUCAUCCAAUACUAAUUUUCCUGCAGGAAAAAUGGCUACUCUAAUUGGGUGGGACGCAGAGAUGUGUAUGGCCGGAGAAAGGGAGGAGAAGAUCUUACCGCAAGAAAGCUGUACUGAGCUAUACAGAAUAUGUACUUUGAGUGAAAUAGACUCAUACUAUGACCCCUGUUUUUCGAGUCUUUGGCUUCAGCCACACAGGCCGUGCCAUAAACCUUGCGGACCCAAAUAUGGAAAGGCAACUUGGGCCUGCAGAAUAACGGUUCCAGGUUCCUCUGGAAUACGUCACGGAUUUUGGGAAAAACACAGAAUUUUCUAUGCACCACCGUCCUCUCCAUGUAGAAAACCCUGCUCUCUUCCAAACAUGUACCACGCAAAGGAAGGGAGAAAAGAAGCUUUAAAAUACGGCAAAAUAUGCCAAAAAAACAUCAGAAUAAAACCAGAACUACAUCAGAACUAA